AUGGCAGCCAGAACUGCACGAGAGACCCUUGAUUAUUUUUGUGACGCCAUCAUUCGGUUGUAUAGCCGAGAGUACCUACGCAGGCCGACGUCACACAACAUUGCACGCAUCUUCGAGGCCCACGAGCUUCGACAUCAUAUGCCUGGGAUGAUUGGUAGCAUCGAUUGCACACAUGUCGAGUGGUCGGCAUGUCCUAGACGUUUGAGAGGGCAAUACACGAGGGGUGACCACAACGGUCUAACUAUUAUGCUUGAAAUCACCGCGUCACAAGAUUUGUGGAUUUGGCAUGCUUUUUUCGGUGUCCCGGGGUCGAACAACGACAUCAACGUGUUGAACCAAUCCGAUUUGUAUGUCACAACGCGUAACGGAACGGCUCUGGAUUCUUCAUUCCACGUGAAUGGCAGAGAUUAUAAACGUGGCUACUAUCUUAGUGAUGGGAUCUACAACAAGUGGUCAACACUUGUUAAAGCAUACCCGUAUCCAAACGACCCUAAGGAAAAAAGAUUCAAGAAAUUGCAAGAGGCGGCCAGAAAAGAUGUCGAGCGAGCUUUUGGUGUCCUCAAAGGUAAAUGGAAAAUUCUUCAACGACCUCUUCGACCUCUAACGAAAGACAAAAUUGGAAAGUAUGUUCAUACAUGUAUUAUCUUACACAACAUGAUCAUUAAGAGGGACGGGAGAGCAAUCUCAUCGGUCCAUAUAAUGGACCCGCCAGUGCAACCGGUGUUCGAUGAAAGUGUGUAUGCGGAGUUGAUUGAUGAAGAAGUUCACCAUCGCCUUCGAUAUGAUCUUACGGAGCACGUAUGGGCUCAAGAUUUGGCGUAUCUCGAUGAUUAG